CAGGGCUUGGCAAAGCUGCAGGCGUAGCAGUGGAGCCGCCCUCUGGUCGGGGAAGUGGUGAGACCUGUUGGGUCAGCAGAGAUCAAGGCAGGAAGAAGGAAAGAAUUAAUCAGGAGCUGGACUAGAAGGAUGUAUGUACUUCCUCUAAGGAGGAAUUGGAAAGGAAGACUGGACAGGUUUCCAGGAUGGUCCGGACAGUGGCUAUAAAGGAGGACACCGCAUGCGGUGCUAUGACUGCGGUGGAGGCCCCAGCAACUCCUGCAAGCAGACAGUCAUCACCUGCGGGGAGGGUGAGCGCUGCGGCUUCCUGGACCGCAAACCUCAACCCAGCUCUGAACAAGCCAAGCAAUCCUCCGCGACCUUGAGCCAUCACUAUCCAGCCUGUGUGGCCAUGAAUCAUUGCAAUCAAGUGGCCAUAGAGUCAGUGGGCGACGUGACUUUCACAACCCAGAAAAACUGCUGCUUCGGAGAUCUGUGCAACAGCGCCGUGGCGAGCCCCGUGACCCCGUUGUGCAUCUUGGCUGCAUCCGUUACCACCCUGGCCUGGCUCUUGCCAGGAUUGUAGAGCUGGAGGGUGGGACUGAGGGCAGGGCAAGGACUGAGGGAGCGAGGGAGCGAGGGAGGGAGGGAGCUGGGCAGCCAAGGAGAAGUGCACUCCACGUGUGCCGCUGUAACUGAUGGACUAGUCUAGAGAUGACUAUACAAUUAUUUGUUUUUCAUUCUUUGAGGCGAGGUGCUGGGAUUAAAGGUGUGAGCCACCACUA